UUGUGGUAGCAAACGGGCAAACAAACUUAAAGGAUAUACAUAUACACACAUAUAUAGAAUUUACUCAAGGAUAUUGCCAAAAAUGAAGCCAGCUAUUACCAUUCUGGCUGUUACCAGCUGCCUGUUUGCUGCAACAGUGGCCACCACCAGCAGCAAGACCCUGACCAAUUUUAAUUCACUAACGGUAAGCGAGAUGUGCGCUUUGAUGCCAUGGGAUACAAGCUUCCUGCGUCCCAACACCUGCGACCAUUGGGUACGCUGUCCAGAUAAAGACAACGCAUUGGAGGAAGGAUCCUGUGCCUCAGGACUAUACUAUAACAAGGAACUGGGACGUUGCAAUUUGGCUGAUGGUGUUUCAUGUCCCUAUUACGGCGAAGAGACGACAACCAACACCAAUGUGUGCGCCAAUGAGGUGGAUGGCACUUUCAUUGCCGAUACCACAAGUGAGAAUUGCCGUGGCUAUAUACUCUGCCAAGCGCACAAAUCGAUCAAGGCCAAUUGCCCCAAUGAAUUGAUCUUCAAUCCAACUUCCCGUUCCUGUGUAUAUUCCACACAAUACACUUGCCCCGUGACCAACAAGAGGAUCAGUACCCCGGCUUGUCGCGGUGUGGCCAAUGCUACACGUCUUGCCCACGAUGAACAUUGCGAGAAAUAUUACGUUUGCAUCGACGAGAUGGCCGAGGAGCAUGAGUGUCCCGUUCAGAUGGCCUACGAUGUGAAUCACGGACGUUGUGUCUCAAUCAGUGAGGUCACUUGCUAUGCCACCGCUGCCCUGCCCGAGCCCGAGAAUACCUUCUGUCUGGAUACCGAAACAGGCAAAGCUCUAAGCGGUUACUUUGCAGACAGCGAGUCAUGCAGUGCUUACUACAUUUGUGAUGAGCCCGUCAAGGGGGUGCAUGAUAAGGAACCAAAGCAUUUGGAGUGCGCCCUUGGCCAGUAUUUCGACUAUGUGAAAUUGUCGUGCCGCGACCGCCUCAAUGUGCGUUGCCUGCUCGAUCGUUGUAUGGGCAAUUCGAUGGAAUAUGUGAAUGUUGCUGGCGAUUGCCAAUCAUAUGGCCGCUGCUCGAAUGGCUCCACUGUGGGCACUGGCCGUUGUCCCGAUGGCUAUUAUUUCGAUGAGCGCAGUCAAGGCUGCACCACCACCAACCACAACUACAUUGCCUGUUCAGCCUAGAUAAAUAUAUAUAUAUAUAUAUAUAUAUGUAUAUAUCAUCAUCACAGCUCGAGGAGUAUAUAAUUCAGCAAAUAAAACUAAAUCACAACAAAA